UAAUCACAUAAGAAAAAAAGGUAAAAGGUAAAAAAAAACUCCAAAAUUAGCGAGGAGAGUGUGAUGUGAAUCAGACAUUUCUAUUGUCGCGUCGAUGACUAAAAUCCAUUCCACGGAGCCCAGCGAAAUUCAAUGUCAGAUAUCAAACCACCCUUUCGGAGAUGGAAAAUGAUUCUAAUUAUCUGUUUCCAUCGACUCACGAAAACAGAAUUAUGAUUUCUUAGCUAUCUUCCCCCGUUUUGUUUAUUUCGUUUACCUAACCCUAGUUUUUCUGUUAAUUAUAAUAGUAAUUUGUUUUUGCCUUAAAACAAAGACGGAAAGUUAGAUCUUUUAUAUUCUUCUUCUUCUUCUUUUGUUGAAUUUUUGAAAUUCUUUUACGUGAUUAAAAUUUUCUGUGUUUGAAUUGUAGGAGAGGUUGACUGGGUGUUUACUGUAUAGUGUCUCCAUAUAUUUUCCUCCUUUUUUUGGGGGAAGUUUUCUGAAUUAAGGUUUCAAGUUUUAGUUAGGGCUUGGAAUUGAUGGAGCCUCGUGUCGGUAAUAAGUUUCGACUUGGUCGUAAGAUCGGUAGCGGCUCUUUUGGAGAGAUCUAUUUGGGUACGAAUAUUCUGACAAAUGAAGAGGUUGCCAUUAAGCUUCCGGGAUUCUAAAUAUAAGAUGGUUUGGAGUAGAGGGAGAUUAUAAUGUUAUGGUUAUGGAUUUGCUUGGACCUAGUCUUGAAGAUCUAUUUAAUUUUUGCAAUCAAUCGUGUUGAAUUUGUUCACUCAAAAUCAUUUCUACAUCGAGAUAUUAAGCCAGACAAUUUUAUCAUGGGCCUAGGAAGGCGUGCAAAUCAGGUCUAUAUGAUUGGCUUUGGUCUGGCUAAGAAAUAUAGAAACAGUUCACAUCAUCACAUUCCUUACAGGGAAAAUAAGAAUCUGACUGGAACUGCAAGAUAUGCAAGCAUGAACACACACUUGGGCAUCGAGCAAAGCCGUAGGGAUGAUUUGGAAUCUCUUGGAUAUGUGCUUAUGUGCUUCCUAAGAGGAAGUCUUCCUUGGCAAGGUCUGAAAGCGGGAACAAAGAAACAGAAGUACGAAAAAAUUAGUGAGAAGAAGGUUUCUACUUCAAUUGAGGCCUUGUGUCGAGGUUAUCUGACAGAAUUUGCAUCACACUUCCAUUACUGUCGGUCAUUAAGAUUUGAUGAUAAGCCAGACUACACUUAUUACCUCAAAAGAAUCUUUCGUGACCUCUUUAUUCGUGAAGGCUUCCAGUUUGAUUAUGUCUUUGAUUGGACCAUUUUGAAGCAUCAGCAAUCACUGCUGACCACUCCUCCGGCACGAGCCAUUGGCCCCAGUGCUGGACCAAGUUCUCCCUUGCCCCCUGCCAUUGCCAAUUGUGACAGGCAUGCAACUGGGGAGAACAUGUGGGCAACUGGUUUGUCAUCUAUGAAUUCCUUUAGGCGGAAAACAUCAGGACCCUUGAAUUCUGGAAGUCACUCAAAGCAGAAAAAUCCGGUUGGAAAUGAUUCUGCAGUUACUAAAGACACUAUGUUUAUGGGGCAGCAAGGUGGAUCCUCUUCAAGGCACGUUGCAGCUUCUGACAGUUGCGAAGCUUUUGCUGGUAGCGAAGCUGACCCCCAACGUUCUCGUGCAGCUCAUGCUAGCCACGUAGACCCCAAGCGGUCAUCGUAUGGGAGAAAUACCUCUCAUGCCAAGAACUAUGAAGCUGCCCUCAAGGGUGUGGAGGGCUUGCAAUCCGAAAGUGAUGAGAGAAUUCAUUAUUAAACUCGGAAAAUGGAGCGUGUAUCGCUGGUAGGCGUUUGAGUUUUCAAGGAAUUCUGUGACUUGGAUCUCCUGAAUUUGGAUCUGGCGGCCCAAAGCCUGUGAUGAAGGGUAGAAUGAGUGGAACAUUUUUCUUUUAACAGUUUUAACUCACUGUUUUUUUUUUUCAUUUUCAUUUUUUUAUGAUUAUGCUUUUCUCAGUCAUCUGGGACUUUUGAAACUUUAUGGCAUUGUAAAUUGCUUACUGUAUUCAUGUCAUGUCGCCUUGUUCAUACCUUCUUUUUAAUAAAUAGUGGGAAU